AUGUACGUGCCACUGCGACAGUUCCACACGCCCGUACGCCCCACUUCGCCCACCCGAAGCCCGUCCGCCAGCGCUCUGCGCGCCCGCACUUCGCCCGACCUGCCCUCAGUAUCCUCAGCGUCCUCUGCGCGCCACGAGAACGACGCCAGCUACGCUGAUCCCUGGCCGUCGUCGCCGUCGUCGCUGGCAGGCGACCAGCUGGUCGCAAAGACGCCGACCUUCGAGUACUAUGGAUUUGUCGUUUACAUGGUCUCGCUAGCCAUAUUCGGCACCUAUCUGGUGUGGGCAUACCUGCCCGAUCACAUACUAUACUGGGCCAUGGCCCUGCCUGCAUGGCUGUUCAUGGCCCCCCCCGACGAUCACCUGUGCUGCGAGGUCGGCGGCAUCCCGAACAUUGCCGAUAUCCCGAUCUCCGUCGUCAACAAAUGCCUGUACAGUUAG